CUCUCCGCACAGGGGGAGCGUGGGGAGCCCGGAGCCCCUGGUCCCGCUGGAUUUGCCGGACCCCCGGGUGCCGACGGGCAACCGGGUGCCAAAGGCGAGCAGGGAGAGCCCGGGCAGAAGGGUGAUGCCGGUGCCCCUGGUCCCCAAGGCCCCUCUGGGGCCCCUGGCCCACAGGGUCCAACUGGUGUAACUGGUCCCAAAGGAGCCCGGGGUGCUCAAGGACCCCCUGGAGCCACUGGAUUCCCCGGAGCUGCCGGACGCGUCGGACCCCCCGGCCCUAACGGUAACCCAGGCCCCCCCGGGCCCCCCGGCUCCGCUGGCAAGGACGGUCCCAAGGGUGCUCGAGGCGACGCCGGACCCCCGGGCCGUGCCGGGGACCCCGGGCUGCAGGGCCCCGCCGGCCCCCCCGGGGAGAAGGGAGAGCCCGGCGAGGACGGUCCCGCGGGUCCUGACGGGCCCCCGGGUCCCCAAGGUUUGGCGGGACAGCGCGGCAUCGUCGGCCUCCCCGGGCAGCGCGGGGAGAGGGGCUUCCCCGGCCUGCCGGGGCCAUCGGGCGAACCCGGCAAACAAGGAGCACCCGGCUCUGCUGGCGACCGAGGCCCCCCCGGCCCCGUGGGUCCCCCCGGCCUGACGGGUCCCGCUGGAGAACCCGGCCGAGAGGGAAAUCCCGGCUCCGACGGUCCCCCGGGAAGAGACGGCGCGGCCGGAGUGAAGGGUGACCGAGGCGAGACGGGGCCCGUGGGUGCCCCCGGUGCUCCCGGUGCUCCCGGCGCUCCCGGGCCCGUGGGUCCCACCGGCAAACAAGGAGACAGAGGCGAGACGGGUGCACAAGGUCCCAUGGGUCCCUCUGGCCCUGCUGGCGCUCGGGGGAUGCCGGGUCCCCAAGGGCCUCGUGGUGACAAGGGCGAGACAGGAGAGGCUGGAGAGAGAGGGCUGAAGGGUCACCGUGGCUUCACCGGGCUGCAGGGUCUCCCUGGCCCCCCCGGUCCUUCUGGAGACCAAGGUGCUGCUGGUCCUGCAGGUCCCUCCGGUCCCAGGGGUCCCCCCGGCCCCGUGGGCCCCUCUGGCAAGGACGGCUCCAAUGGCAUGCCCGGCCCCAUCGGCCCCCCCGGGCCCCGCGGGCGGAGCGGAGAACCCGGCCCUGCGGGUCCUCCUGGAAACCCGGGUCCCCCCGGCCCCCCCGGUCCCCCCGGCACCGGCAUCGACAUGUCGGCGUUCGCGGGGCUGGGCCAGCCCGAGAAGGGCCCCGACCCCAUCCGGUACAUGAGGGCGGACGAGGCCGCCGGGAGCCUGAGGCAGCACGACGUGGAGGUGGACGCCACGCUCAAGUCCCUCAACAACCAGAUCGAGAGCAUCCGCAGCCCCGAGGGCUCCAAGAAGAACCCGGCCAGGACCUGCCGCGACAUCAAGCUCUGCCACCCCGAGUGGAAGAGCGGAGACUAUUGGAUCGACCCCAACCAGGGCUGCACCUUGGACGCCAUCAAAGUCUUCUGCAACAUGGAGACGGGCGAGACCUGCGUGUACCCCAACCCCAGCAGCAUCCCCAGGAAGAACUGGUGGACCAGCAAGGCCAAAGAGAAGAAGCACGUCUGGUUUGCAGAGACCAUCAACGGCGGCUUCCAU